GUAAGACCCCGGAAGUAAAUGUACGCAGCAGCUUCUUUUUUUUUUGCGCCAGCGAGAAAUAUUUUGAAUACAUUUUCAAAGUUGUUUUAUAAAAUGGGAGUUACAUGUGUGUGUCAGGUGCCGGUGGUGGAGGGGAAGAGUGUCCAGCAGACGGUGGAGCAGCUGCAUAAGAGACUGGAGCAGCUCGGGGCAGUGAAACAGGGCAGCUUCUUCGUGGAUUGUGAGACGUAUCAUGCUACAACAAACACUGGAGCUCAGCCCUCUAAGCUCCUGUACGUGAUGCAUAACUCGGAGACACCUCUCAGUUGUCUGGCUCUGUUUGAUGGCGGCCCCACGCUGGCGGCAGACGCUAACUUCGACGUGCUCAUGGUGAAGCUGAAGAGCCACUUCCAGAACGCUAAGGGACACAAGGUGGAGAGCCGCGGCGCCCGCUAUCGCUAUGCCGACUUCCUGAUUAAGGUCGGCACGGUAACAAUGAGCUCCAGCGCUCGGGGGAUCUCAGUGGAGGUGGAGUACUCCGCUUGUGUGGUUCCUGGUGACUGUUGGAACCUGAUGAAGGAGUUCAUGCAGAGUUUUCUUGGCCCCAGCGUUCCUGACCUGCCCUCUGUGUUCAGCAGUAAGGCCGAGGGUCUGUUCGCUCCGGCCGACUGCAUGGACACCAUGAACCAGUACCUCGAGCUCUUCAGCAAAAUCCGCAAACAGCAGGUGCUGCCGGGGAGCGGAGUGCGCUGAGAGCUACACACACACACACACACAUACGCAUGCACAAAGAAACAUAGUCCAGGCUGGAAAGAAGAAACCACACACACAAGUCUUCCAGCUCUGGACCAGGACAAGAGCUGUAAAACUUCACAACUCACACUUCCAGUUUCUCAGCUGUGUGUUUUCUUCACUUUUUAAAACUUCAUAUGCUGAAGCAAGUGAGCAGACAUUGUGACUGAACUUUGAUGGGGUUUUCUUUUGUAAAGAAAACGUCAAUUUUUCAAAAAUAAAGAAUUGAACUGA